UUCUUAUUGGAUGGAGUAUUCUUUGCCUUAGCGUUAUGUUUUCACUUCAUCUGGCAACCCUGGUUAUGUUGGUUAUGUUGAUUGAUUGUCAUGAUUUCUGACGUUUAACAUGGAGGCCGUGGAGGAGAUAAAACAAGAAACUAGUGAGGAAACUUGUAAAAUAGAAAUAGAUGAGACAAGUGUUGAUCCUUCGGAUUCUUUUAAAAUUGAAGUUAAAGAAGAACCCAAGAGAGAACCCUCAUACGACACAUUUGGUUACUCAGACUUAGACGAAUUUCCUGAAAACACUAAAGUAGAACAAGAUGAAUAUAAAUUUGAAGGAAAGCAAACAGCAAACGAGGAAGAGGAAAAUUUUCCCCAGAUGGAGAAUAACAUGAAAAUGGGGGAAACGUCACAUUCAUCUCGUAAAGAAAAAUGUACAGAUCAACAUGCAGAAGGAAAAAUAUUAAAGAAAAUUAUGAAAGUUAGGACUGGGCAAAGAUCUUACAAAUGUGAAAUUUGUUUUAAGCAGUUUACCAUUGCAAGUAGUUUAAAAACACAUUUGAGAGUACAUACUGGAGAAAAACCUCACAAGUGUGAAAUAUGUUUUAAGCAGUUUACCAAAGCAAGUAAUUUAAAAAGACAUUUGAGAGUACACACUGGAGAAAAACCUCAUAAGUGUGACAUUUGUGUUAAGCAGUUUACUACAGCCAAUCACUUAAAAUUACAUUUGAGAGUACACACUGGAGAAAAACCUCACAAGUGUGAAAUAUGUUUUAAGCAGUUUAUCGAAGCAAGUAAUUUAAAAACACAUUUGAGAGUACAUACUGGAGAAAAACCUCAUAAGUGUGACAUUUGUGUUAAGCAGUUUACUACAGCCAAUCACUUAAAAUUACAUUUGAGAGUACACACUGGAGAAAAACCUCACAAGUGUGAAAUUUGUUUUAUGCAGUUUACCAGAACAGAUUAUUUGAAAACUCAUUUGAGAGUGCAUACUGGAGAAAAACCGUACAAGUGUGAGAUUUGUUUUAAACAAUUUAGUCAAUCAGGUAAUUUGAAAGAUCAUUUGAGAGUACACACUGGAGAAAAACCUCAUAAGUGUGAAAUUUGUUUUAAGCAGUUUAGUGAAGCAGGUCAUUUGAAAAGACAUUUGAGAGUACAUACUGGAGAAAAAUCUCACAAGUGUGAAAUUUGUUUUAAGCAGUUUACUACAGCAAGUUAUUUGAAAACACAUAUGAGAGUGCAUACUGGAGAAAAACCGUACAAGUGUGAGAUUUGUUUUAAACAAUUUAGUCAAUCGGGUCAUUUGAAAGAUCAUUUGAGAGUGCACACUGGAGAAAAACCUCACAAGUGUGAAAUAUGUUCUAAACAGUUUAACCAAGCAAUUAGUUUAAAAAUGCAUUUGAGAGCACAUACUGGAGAAAAACCUCACAAGUGUGAAAUUUGUUUUAAGCAGUUUACUACAGCAAGUUAUUUGAAAACACAUAUGAGAGUGCACACUGGAGAAAAACCUCACAAGUGUGAAAUUUGUUUUAAGCAGUUUACUACAGCAAGUUAUUUGAAAACACAUAUGAGAGUGCACACUGGAGAAAAACCUCACAAGUGUGAAAUUUGUCUUAAGCAGUUUGCUACAGCAAAUCAAUUGAAAGUACAUUUGAGAGUGCACACUGGAGAAAAGCCUUACAAGUGUGAGAUUAAAGUGUUUUCUCGAAUUGAUGUUUUGAAAACCCACUUGAGAAUGCACACGAGAAAAACCUCAUAAGUGUGAAAUUCGUUUUAAGCAGUGUACCGAAGCAAGUAGUUUAUAAACACAUUUGAGAAUACACACUGGAGACGAACCUAAGCGUGAAAAUCGUUUAAAGCAAUUUAGUACUAUACUCCGGUCAAUACAGAUAUGUAACGUUUAAAGUUUUAAAAAUCUCCAUCGAUAUUAUGUGUGCAACAGAAGUUAUUCGGGGUCAAAGUCAAAAUUUGAGAUUUUUUGAUGUUUCUCGAAAAUGGUAAGCUUUAUCAAAAAGAACCUUAAACCAAAGUUGUAGAUCUUAAAAUUCUCUACAAACAUGGUCUUUAUGAUUUUUUUCCUAAGAGUUGCCAUUUCUGAGAUAUCGCGAUUCGAAGAGUCACAUUAUACAUGAUAAUAUGCACACAUUUCCAGACCACCUGUGAGGUAGUGUACUCGGCGCGUUUUUUACCGUGGUUUUCUCUGUAGGCCUACUCCUCUAACAGUCAUUACUAUUUUAAGAUAAUUUAAGCAGGGAACGAUACCCGUCAAAUUCUAGAUAUUACCUUAUUAUUGAUAUUGCUAUUAAUUAUUGGGUUAACUAUUAUUUUGAUUCUUACUAGCGUUCUAGUAUGAGGGUAACUUAUUUUUGAAGCACUGGCCUGUCCAGUGGCGACGCGUGACUUUUUCUAAAGUGUUACCAAAACCAGAUGCAAAAAUUCUUAUUUAAAAAAAAAUGAAGAUAAGACUAAAUGUAUAUACAUAUAGCUUCAAUAAUAUCAUUUUGUAUAUCACUUGAAACUCUCGAAAAAACAGUUGAUCUUUCUAGAUGUUAGCAAAAUUUUUGAUCUUUUUUGGCAAUUAAUGUUAACAAUUCCCUGUAAUUGCCUCGAAUGUCAGAGCCGUCGCCCUCAAAAUGACCACGAAACGCUAAUUCUUGUUCGGCCAAGAAACAUACGAUACAUAUCCAUUACAAGUGAGCUAAGGAUAUACGAGUACCUAUCUAUUUUUUUAACAAACUCAUUAUAUUAUUAUGUUUAGCAAUAUUUGCUUUAAAUGCUUGGUUAAGAGAACUUUUGAUUCUUGUUUUGCCAAACUGAAUCAAAUUGGGUAUACAUCUUACAUGUAGGUAACGGAGAAAUUUCAUGUCUCUUUUUUAAAACUCUUAAACUAUUUAAAUCGUGAACCUGGUCCACCCAUUUUUCUGUAAAAACCAGAAGACAUGGCCAACAAUACAGUCUAUUUUUCUUGCAACCACAUAACCAAGGAUUUUCACUGUACCAACUAAAUUUAAAAUAUCGAGCUAAUUUUUUAAAUUCCUUUUUUAAAUUGUUUAAAAUAGGUCUUUCAUUUUCAAUAAUCUUAUUUUAUUUUUCAAUCAGAAUUACUUUUCAAGUAGUUGAUCGAUUACGCAGCGACACUCAUCCAUGGUGAACUGCACGACUUUAUUAUAGGUACUGAUAGCAAAUUUAAAUCUGGUAACAGCCCUACUGAUAUACCAGCGCGCUUACGCCCAUCGCUCCUUCAAAAUUUUCAGUACUAGCCGGUCCCGAGCCGCCCGAGCGACAGCGAGUUAACCAUUCAUUGUCACCACAAAUGAGACUGGUAACAGAAUAUAAUAAAGUGCAACUGAAUCACAUAAACUCACCAAUAUUUUCGUGUGUCUGGUUAUUUACUGAAUUAGGUAUUAUUAACACAUAAUAUAAUAAUAUAUUUCUAUUGGUAAAAAUAAAAUAAAAUAAUAAAUGGAAUUAUUCAUCGUCAUAAAAUACAUAUUUAUAUGCAAGAUUUUUAACUGUUACCAAUGGUAACAGUGGUUACAUGGACGCUUCGCCAGUGGGCCUGUCUCUCCUUAAACUGUCUUUUCACUGCAGCAAUUGAAGUUUUCCGGAUGUAUAAUUUUCUGCAAUCUACGUGUGUUAAAACAGAUUUUUGAGGUCAUUUACGUGUGAUCAGCUUGGAAGCUAGUUUUUGUGAUAUGUAGUAAAUAUGCGAUGUAAAAUAUUAAUGAAUAAAUAAAUGUAUAAACUAUU